CAAAGACUGAAGCAGAGUAGUCUCAAGGAUCUCCAUCAUCUCUAUCCCAGAAUGAAAUACGCUCAGUACGUUUUCCUGGCCUCGGUCUGCUCCAGUGUUGGAUAUAGCCUAGCUCAGACCUGCGCAGUGGAGUCUUUCUCUGUGAAAGACAACUUUGAUCCCAAAAGGUAUGCAGGGAAAUGGUAUGCCCUGGCCAAGAAGGAUCCAGAGGGCCUUUUCCUUCAGGACAACAUCUCUGCUGAAUACACCGUGGAGGAAGAUGGCACAAUGACAGCGUCUUCCAAAGGCCGAGUGAAGCUUUUUGGUUUCUGGGUGAUCUGUGCUGACAUGGCUGCUCAGUACACAGUACCUGACCCAACCACUCCAGCAAAGAUGUACAUGACCUACCAGGGACUGGCCAGCUACCUCUCCAGUGGUGGGGACAACUACUGGGUGAUCGACACCGACUACGACAACUAUGCCAUCACCUACGCCUGCCGCAGCCUGAAGGAGGACGGCUCCUGCGAUGACGGCUACUCCCUGAUCUUCUCCCGCAACCCCCGCGGCCUCCCCCCGGCCAUCCAGCGCAUCGUGCGCCAGAAGCAGGAGGAAAUCUGCAUGUCUGGCCAGUUCCAGCCCGUGCUUCAGUCAGGGGCCUGCUAAAAGUACACUUCUGAUCCAAUCCUUAAGCCCAGAAACCAGACCUCUUGGUCUUGAAGUUGCCACUCAGCUAAUAAAAAAACAUAAAAUCAUAGGACUAGUGUGUUUUGCCUGAAAAACACAUGAAAACAUUGGGGGAUCUGUAAACUGUGUGCAAUACAAUAUUACCUAAUGUGGCAUUAAUCAAUAAAUGUUU